ACUGUCAGAAAUAGAAAAAAUCGUCGAUGCGCAUUAAUGGCAAUUCGGCCGAGAACUCGUAAAAGAGUUCAAGCUGUUCGUCGUGCUGCCGAUGGUAGCGCUUUUAAAAAAUGGUAUUGCUACUUUGUUCAAAGCUUUUGGAUUCGUCGAUCUAGAUUUCUUUAGGGUUUUUAUCUAGAUUUGUGAUUACUCUGUUUUGGGUUUUUAUUCCAGUGAAGAAUGUGGUGUUAUGAUAGCGAUUGCUCUGUAUGAUAUGCAUGAGUGCGGUGAGAAAAGAAGGGAAGUGAAAAGGUUCAAGUACAUUGCGAGUGGCAAUAUCGAUAAUAUCUCGAAACCAAUUGGGAGCUUUGAAGAUGAACCCAGAUCACCAUUUGUCUUCUUCUUAGAGGAGUUUAGGGAAAAUUACAAUGGAGACUUAGUGGAUGCUAGCAGAAUAUGUUUCAAUGUAUGGAAGAACAUGUCAGCAGAGGACCAAAAACCAUUCAACGCCCGUGCUAUGGAGGUUGAUUCGGCACACAGUAGAAAGUUAAACGAAGAAGCUAAAACCAUUUAUAAGGCAGAUGAAGAGGCAGAUUCAAAAACUGUUGGGAGAUAUGACAAGUUCUAUGAGAGCUACGUUCAAAUUGAAGAAGAGGAAGACUAUGAUUCAUCUGAUCAUUUCGGACACGAGUUUUGGGAAGACGAUACUAUGUUGGACUACUGAGAAUCCUGAUUUAGUGGAGAAGGUUUUGGCUUUUGGUGGUGUACAUGUUUUAGAGAAUUUGUUGGGGGAUUUAUGUAAAUAUAGAAACAGACUAGAGAGGCUGCUGAUCUUAUUUCCUUCCUCUGUGACUAUUAGAGGUGUUCUCGUCCUUUUUUUGGUGACACCUUUUUUUUUCAAAAAAAAAUGAUGGUGAAAACUGAAUCUAAGUAGUAAUUUUUAACUCUUCAGUAACUAUCUUCCUAUAUCUAUUCUCUAGAGUGAAAACAUUUAUAUUGUCUUCGACAUUAUGUGGAGUAAUUGUUCCUUC